CACUCAAUAAUACAAGUAGCAUUCCCUUUUCCAAACUUUCCUAUCCUCUUCCAAAUACUUUACAUUUUCUCCACCUACCCAAAACUUCCUUUCAACAAUUGCUUCAUCCUAACAGUUGAAGAUGAAGUUUAUUCAUUCGGCCAAAAAAUUUACGGUACAAUCUGAUUGGUCUCUUGUCAGAGUUAUAUUUUUCUUUUCAACGACCGUGAUUUCCUUGAUUAAAUAUGUUCCUAAGGCACUGUUACUGAACGAGUAUGAUCUUCACGGUUGGAAAACCAAGGUGUGUGCUAAGCGGACAAACAUUCCCGGAAUGAAGAAAUAUCGUGGGAGAAACACCUACGUAUUGGAGUCCAUGAGGCCAUCUCCAGUGUAUCGUAGACCUGGUUAUGGUUGAUAUUCAAAAUGUAAUGGAUGCAUCUGCAAGUCUUGAUCAUUCAUGUCUUCCAUCACAUUGCAAAUGAAUUCACAUGUGAUAGGAACAGAGAUGAUAUACACAGCUAGAGGAAGACAACAUUUGUUCGAUAUAGAUCAAGAGGAAGACAACAUUUGUGUGAUAGGAACAUAGAUGAUAUGUACAGCAAAAAAAGACAACAGUUGUAUGAUUGGAAUAAAGAUGAUAUACACAAUACGAAGAAGACAAUACUUUGUUUGAUAAGAACACAAAUGAUACAUACAACAAUACGAAGACAACAUUUAUUUGAUAGAAACACAAAUUAUAUAUACAACUAUAGGAAAAAGUAUUUCACUGUUUCAUUUUAUUUUAUUGUCUUAAGGUUAAAUAUAAAGACAAUUCACAUGUACUCUAAGUUCGCAUUUUGAGAUCAUGUUGAAUUUUUAAAAUUAAAGAACAAGUUAUUAAAUGUAA